AUGAGGGUCUCAACAUCAUGUACUCCACGAUUGUACAUCGUUUGUGGCUUUAUUGAGGGCCACGACCGACUUUUCAAUGAUUAUUUUGUUGAGAAUCUGGUUUAUCCUUAUGAUCGAUUCAGAAGAAGAUUUCGAAUGGGAUGUGCUAUAUUUCUUCACAUCCAAUUUGCAGUAGAGGCUCAUGAACCUUAUUUUCAGCAAAAAAUGGAUGCCGCUGGAAAGUUGAGGUUAUCUUCACUUGAGAAGAUUACAGCUGCAUUUCGAAUGCUUGCAUAUGGUGUCUCUGCCAACCUUUUGGAUGAUGAUGAUAUUGCGCGAUUGUUGGCUAUCGAUGAAAGUCAUGGCUUCCUCGAGAUAUUAGGAAGUAUUGAUUGCAUGCACUCGAAGUGGAAGAACUGUCCAACCGCUUGGAAGGGGCAGUUCACUGGCCAUAUUCACGAACCAACACUUAUAUUAGAAGUUGUCGCAUCGCUAGACAUUUCAAAAGGAUGCACUUGUCGAAAGGAUGUUGAGUGUGCUUUCAAUGUUCUUCAAACAAGGUUUACAAUAGUACGUGGGCCAGCUCGAUACUUCAAAUGUUCAACACUUCAUGAUAUAAUGUUGGCAUGCAUAAUAUUGCACAAUAUAAUCGUUGAAGAUGAACGACAUUUACACGUUCAACCUGACAUUACAAACAUGUAUGAUCAAGCUGAAGAUGGUCCUUCUAUGUCAGUACUAGAACACUUACGAACUCGUGAGUUUCGAGACUUUGUUGAGCAAUACAUUCGCAUCCAGGACAAAGAAAUACAUACCCAACUUCAAGCUGACCUUGUAAAGCAUUGGAACAUUCAUAGCAAUGCUUAG